AUGCUCGAGUGCUGUGUACAAUCCGUCCUGGACGGCUCCUGCCAAACCGCCGACGCCGACGCCGACGCCGACGCCGACGCGCCCUUGCCGGCGUCCAAGCCCGCGCCCGCGCCGCCGCUUGCGGCCGCACCCGACUCCGGCGGCGUGGCGCCGCAAUUGGAGGUUCCCGCGGCGCUCGAGGCGCUGCUCUGCGUGAACGACAACCAUGCCUUCGGCGGCGACGGCAGCAUCGAGAGCGCGAUAGCGGCAGCCUGGCCGCUCGACGGGUGCGCCGUCGCCGGCGGGGACCUGGAGGCCGGCCAGGCGGCGGGCCACAUGGCAGCGCUGCUGCCGGCCAUGAUGCCGAUGUUUGCAAAAAUAGGGCCCGCCGACAGCGGCAGCGGCGACGGCGGCAGCGGCGGGGUGCGGGAGGCAGGGUUUAUGAGCGUGGAGGCGGUGCGGGCGCGCAUGAUGGAGGGCAUCCACUUAAUGCCCUCCUUGGAGGAGCCAAGGCCGCCUCCUAGGCCGGACAGCAGCCCCCUAGCUGUGUUCAAGGACAGCACCCCCAUCGCCUUCGGCGCGGCCCCCACCGUCAGCGCCCCCCUCAGCACGAGCCUCAAACGCCGGCGCCGCGACGCCAGCGCUGCGGAGGCGGCGGGGCCCUCGGAGCCCCUCCCCGACGAUGACGUCAUCACCGCCGCCUGCUGCCGCGUGCGCAAGCUGUCGUCGCUGAGGGCGUCGCUGCUUCACGCCGACGGCGCGCUGGUGGCCGCGUCGCACGCGACCGGGUGGGAGCUGCGGGACCCCGGGGUUGCCUCGCUGCGGCUGCAACCAGACGGAGCCGAGGCAGGCGUUACCGAUUUCCGCACGGGUCUGUACGAGCCCGCAACCCACGUCGCCGCAGAUGCGGCCAACGGGCUCGUGUGGUGCGCCGGCGAUGGCGGAGAUCGCAUCAAGGCGUUCUCGGCGCCAGCCGGCGGGGGCGGCGGGCACGUUGGCAGGUACUGGUGGGAAGGGUCGGUGCUGCAGUAUACCCUCUGGUCUGGCGGCGAGGGGGCGGCGGGCGGCCACGCGGGGCUGCACGUCUGGGGCACGCGCGUGUUGGCGAUCAAGGGCGGUGGCGCGCUGCUCAGCUGGGAGCUCGCCGGCCUGCCGCUACAGGAGGAGGAGCGGCUGCCAAAGUACUUGCACGAGGGCGAUCUCAUUCUCCUAUACGAUGACGAGGACGGGGACGAGGAUGAUGACGAGGACGAGCUGUACCAUGGGGACCUCAGAUCCUGCGAAGUCGAAGGUCUCGACGCCCUCGAGGCGUCCAAGGGCGUCCGGCCGCACGCAAUGUGCCGCCUGCAGCUGCCGCCGCCAAGAUGCUCGCUGGCGCUCGCCGGGGACGACACGUCCGGCCCGAUCGACAUGACGUGCAUCCUGGCAGACGGCGGCGGCGGGGGCGCGCCGCGGCUGGCGGCGGCGCUCGGGUCUUACGUGAUCGCGAUUUACGAUCUCGAGACGCAGCGCGCGCAGCGGCUGCUCUGCGGGCACCGGUACGAUGUCACUGCGCUCGCGCCCGCACCGGACACGUGGCGCGCGCCGCACCUCUUCGCGAGCGCUGCGCGCUCGGGGGACGUGAAGGUAUGGGACGUGCGCGACAGCGCCCGCAGCGGCGCGGCAGCGCUGACGAUUUUGCCGGGCGGCUCGAACCCCUUGUACGGCGUCGCGCUCGCGGCCGCGCCGGCGGGCUCGGGGCUCGGCGGCGGCGCGAUGGUGUGCUUCGCGGGCGGAGAGGGGGAGGCGGUGUGGGCGUUCGACCUGCGCGGCGGGCGGGGCAGGGCGCUGUAUGAGCUGUCAACGGGGAAUCAGGUGGUGCAGUCGCUGGCAUGGGCGGAGGGCGCGGCCACGCUGGUGGCCGCCUGCGAGGUCCGUGGGGAGGACAGGGAUGAAGGGUGCGACCGCGAGGACUACCAGAGAGUGCAGCGCCGCCCAGACGGGACUGUCGGCUACUUCGACGCCUUCGGGGGCGGCGGCGGCGGUGCUCAUGUGGAGGACGAGGACAACGGCUUUGACGACGAGAUGUUCGGGGACGACGAGGCGCUCUGGUGGCCAAAAGGGGCGAAGCACGAGCCGGGGGCGUUCAAGAAAUUCUUCAACGUCAUGAGCUCGUGUGUGCUGGGAUACGACUUUGGGACGGGCAGGGAUGGCGCUCGGGGCUGA